AUGAGGAACCACAGCAGCAGAAAGAGGAACCACUGCAACAGAAGGAACCUUUGCAACAGGAUGAGGAAACACGGCAGCAAAAAGAGGAACAGCCCCUGCAGCAGGAGGAACCUUUGCAACAGAAUGAGGAAACACGGCAGAAGAAAGAGGAACCCCUGCAGCAAGAGGAGCUGUUGCAUCAGGAAGAGGAACGGCUGCAGCAGAAAGAGGAGAGAGAGGAACCCCUGCAUCAGGAAGAGGGAAGGGAAGGCUCCCGCAUGUUCAGAGGAACGGACGGUGGUUUUUCCCGGGCGCUUGGGGCGCGUCGCAAGUGUCAUCAAGCCUGAAGAUCAGGAUUCCACUCCAGUUGAUCGGAAAGAGCCUAGAUCCGUUGAAGUGGUGAGCAAAUCUGCAGAUGAGGAGGACACCGGCGCCAACGCCACCAACGAGACCGAGGCUGUGGCUGUGAGUGCAAUCAAAGACGAGAAGGCAAGCAAAGUUGCAGAGGAUGCAGCUUUAGCCACCGGUCAAGCUCCACCGCCGGUGCCACCACCGGUGCCACCGGACACGGGCACCCUUACGAUGGCUGCUUCUGGUCAAGCUUCAGAAGAAGCAGAGGACGCGUUGGCCGCCAACCUGUCGAAGCUGACCCAGAAGGCCAUUGAGAAGCUGGAUACCCAGCUCCAGGACGACUACAAGGCGGUCAAAGAGGCCACGGGCAGUAUCCAGAAGACGCGGAGCGGACUGACCGAUGGUUUGCAUGCGCUGGACAAGAGCACGGAGCACCUACAAGUCUCUUGGCCUGAACAAAAGGCACCUUCGAUGAGCUGGGGAUACCACUGGUGCCAGCUGGAGUCUGCUAGAGUUGGAGGAAAACAGCCUAAAAGGGGUGCUAUUCGACUCGGGUCCAUGCGAGUUUUCCAGAGUGUAUGUUUCUUUUGUUUUGUGACUUGGCUAUGCUCAACUCGUGACUGUUGGAGACACCUGGGACCUGUUUUUUCCACACGACGCGUCAUGGGAAUGAUGCAAACAUGCGGAGUGUUUGCAGCUCAUUCCGGGCCAUGUGAGGCCAUGUGUGGGGCAGCUCAUUUCGAUUCUGAAGAGAAAAGCGUCGUGGUUGUUAUUUGCUCCCUUUUCAGGGCUGCUGCAUGGUGCAUAUCGCGGGGUAGGUCGCAAGACCGUCUUCGUAGUCUACACACGGUCAGAACCGACGGGGAGCUUCCCUUGCUCGACCUUGGUCGGGCGCCCUGGCUCGAAUAUGAAAGCUGCAAAGACACGCAGGUUCUUCACCACACAUCGAUGAACAAUUCACAAAUCGAAUGCUCGAAGAUACCAGCCCGGCUGUGCCCAUGGGCACCGCAACAGUCGGAUUGCACCGGCCAGGUGCCGCCAGGCGGCACCGCCCCAAAACAGGUCGCGGCGGCUUCGGCAGCCGGUUGCGCUGCCGGAAAAACCAAAAAGGGCCACCCGAGCGAUGCCUAUAGGUGAUGCAGGACCCCUGGAAGGAUGCUUUUUUGGAAGAAGGGAAGAGGGAAGCCACGGGAAGCCCAUGAUGUUAGAACAUAUAUGAUAGACACACUUGGACCUUAUACACCAUCGUACACCUCGAAAGCUUUCCAGAAAAAAAGAAAGAACUUGGAGCCACCACUCCCCUGGGGCAGGGCGAAUGCUUCCAGAGUUCUUUUCUUCCGCGGUUGUUCCCUGGUUCCACCAGCCCAUGGCCCACCCUGGACCCUCGCCAAUGAUAG